AUGGAGCAACUUCUAUGCAAUCAUGCCAACAAAGCGAGCGACUCUCUGGCAGUCAUCGAUGGAGAGCAACGAUUUACCUAUCGAGAUUUAUUGGCCAAAGCAGAUGUUCUGGCUUUGAAAUUGGCCAAGAAGGGAAUCGAAGCCGAAGAGCCCAUUGGCAUUCUGAUAGGAACAGGCUGGCAACAAGUGAUUGCGCAAGUUGCCGUGCUGAGAGCAGGAGGAUCUUGUACCCCCGUUGAUCCAUCUGUGCCUGACAGUCAGCUUCACGACAUGCUUAAUGACUUGAACAUGCGAAUGGUUAUAACGACAAACGAGUUGUCGACAAGGGUUUCUCAGUUUGAUGUACUGCUUGCCGAGUCAGUACUUGAUUCUGAACACGGUAUAGACGACUCUGGGGAGAUUCUGGUGAAUUCUGAGAAAUCUCAGGACCAUAGAAGCCAUCUCAUCCAUACAUCUGGCUCAACAGGGAAACCCAAGGUCGUACAGAUCUUCUCAAAGGCUAUCAUGCAUCUUGCCACUUCGUCCCCGCUCGAUAUCGGGCCAGGGGAUAAAGUCGGAGAGUUAAACAACCCCGGUUUCGACCUAUCCUUAUUUGAAAUUUGGGCUACCUUGCUUUCCGGUGGCACAGUGGUGCACAUACCAAAUUCGAUCAUCAAAGAUCCGGUCUCUUUUGCGGCUUUCUUGGAGGAUUCAAGCAUUUCCGGGCUUAUUCUACCUUCUGCCCUUUUCACCGCGGUAUCAACCAGUAUUCCUACAGCCUUUCGCAAUGUUCGCCAUGUGAUCACCUCCGGUGAGUCACCAAAUCCUCUGGCAAUGCAAAGGGUCCUCGGCAGUGAUGCCCCUCCGGAAACCCUUUGGAAUGGCUAUGGACCUACCGAGACGACAUGUUUUUCAACUUUGAAGCGGGUGACGCUCCAGGAGGCGCAAGAUGAAACCAUUACAGCUGGAGUUCCCUUUGGAGAUACUUUGCUAUAUAUCAUUGAUGAAAACCGGAGCCCUAUUCUCAAUGAGGAAGUUUCGGGUGAAAUAUGCAUUGGGGGACCAGGACUAUCUACUGGAUACCUCAACCGUCCCGACGAAACUGCAGAAAAGUUCAUUGAGCUCAAUAUUUCAGAGUCUCCGGACUCCAGCAACGGGAAAAUUGUCCGAGUCUACCGGACAGGUGAUCUUGGUACGUGGAAGGGGAAGGAACUUCACUUCCUUGGCCGUAAAGAUCUCCAGGUCAAGCGUCAGGGGUUCCGUGUUGAACUGGAAGGUGUUGAACAAGCCAUAGCAGCAAACGAGUGUAUCCAUGCAGCGGCCUGUCUACAUGAGAAGUCCGCUCAUGGUGCAGGUUCUGACCAUCUUAGGGCUUUCAUUGUCCCUGAAGACGGUAGCUCAGUUGAUCCGCAAGAAAUUCUCAAGAUGAUGCAAGAUCGACUUCCCUAUUAUAUGGUCCCCGACGAAGUCCAUAUCAUAGAUGAAAUACCGUUGAAUUCUCGCGGUAAAGUGGACCGUGGUGCUUUAGCCGAUAAGCACCGAAAUCUUCAAACUCCGCGAUCCUCUGAGGAAGUUGUGGAUGAAGAAAAGAACCCCGUCAGUAUUGUUGCCGAAAUCGUGGAAGGGAUUUUGAGCAUCAAAAAUAUCGGACCGGAUGACAAUGUUGUUUCUCUUGGCAUGUCUUCAAUACAGAUCGCUCGAUUUCUUGGCCUGAUCAAACAACGAUUUGGAAAGUUGCUAUCAAUCAAAGACCUCUACACAACUCCAACAAUUGGAUCAUUGGCAGACUAUCUCAGCAAAAAGGAGGAAAUCAACUACGGGCCUACUGAAAUUUUGCAAUUUGAAGAGGACAGCCAUUUUGCAGAUGACAUCGAGUUGGUCCCAGACUGGUCAUCUGAAGGUCGCUUAUUCCUGACGGGUGCUACCGGAUUCCUCGGGGCUAAUCUUCUAUACCGCUUGCUCUCCAUGUCGAAUAUGAAAGAGAUAGCCUGUCUCGCUCGAGGCAAUGAAGAUCAUUCGCCUAUGGAUCGAAUCCAGAAUACUCUCAAGAAGUACGACCUGUGGAACGAAGCUGUUUCCCAUAAUAUGGGAAAGGUAAUUAUCGUGGACGGAGACAUGACAAAAGAACAUCUUGGGCUUUCGCAGAAUGAUUAUCAAUGGCUCACUUGCUGGGCACCAGCAGUUCUCCAUUCAGCUGCGAAGGUCAACUGGUGUGAUCCGUACAGUGCUCACUUCGCGCAAAACAUCCUGGGGACGAAGAAUGUUCUCCGAGUUGCAGCAGAUGGGCGACGCAAGUCCUUCCACUACAUCUCAAGCAUCGAUGUUUGGGCUGUCACUGGACUCAUACUCGGAACAGAAGUGGUCUCUGAGGACGGGCCAUUGAAGACUCACCUGGCUUCACUCCCUUUCGAUACCGGCUAUGCCCAGAGUCAAUGGGUAGCAGAUGAAAUGGUUCAAAGGGUGCGCGACAAAGGUCUGCCUGUGAACAUUUACCGCCCAGGAUUCCUUGUCGGUGAUAGUAAAACAGGAGCUGGGAAUCCAGAUGAUUUCUUCACUCGAAUGCUGGUUGGAUGUGUUCAACUAGGAUAUUGGCCGCAUCUGCCACACCAGAACCAAGAAUACGUUACAGUUGACUAUGCUUGUGAUUCAAUUUUACAAAUUGCUUCGAAUAAACACAACAUGGGCCGGAACUACACGCUCAGUGCGCCAAAGACAGACCUGACUACCAACAUGGAAAAGCUAUGCACAUUUAUAAACCAAGCUGGCUUUUCUAUAAAACAGGUCCCAUACCCGGAGUGGUUGGAAAGAUUGCAAGCUUGGGAGGGUCUUGAAUCGAGCCCUGUGAUAUCUUUGAUGCCCUUGCUCGCAGAGCCUGUUCUGCGUGGUGCAACACGUCUCCAGACAAGCAAAUAUUCUCCAGUCUACGAUUGUUCAAAUACCUUGAAGGUACUUGGAAAUCAUGAUGGUGGUUCUUUCGUCCAGCUUACACCCGAUCUCAUCCGGAAAUUUGUAGGAUUCCUGACGCGCAAAGGGUUCUACAACUUUGAUUAA